CUGCCCCCUGCGUGUGCACGCAGCGGCUGCCGGUCUCUUAUCCACUCCCCCUUCCCUCCGGUCUCUCGUUGGUUUCGUCCGGUGCGGCCCAUAGCGACGGCGGCCGCGCUGGGGGAAGAUGGCGGCUCCGGUCUGGGCGCCGCGGCCGGCUCCGUGAUCGUCCCGCGCUCCUUCUUCUUCCCGUGGCGAGCAUGUCUGACUCGGAGGAGGAGGAGAGUCCGGACCGCCAGCUCAAGCUCGUGGUGCUGGGGGACGGCACCGCAGGGAAGACAUCCUUAGCCAUGCGUUUUGCCCAAGAAACAUUUGGAAAACAAUACAAACAAACCAUAGGACUGGAUUUCUACUUGAAAAGGAUUACACUGCCAGGAAAUUUGAAUGUUACUCUUCAAGUGUGGGAUGUAGGAGGACAAACGAUAGGAGGCAAGAUGCUGGAUAAAUAUAUUUAUGGAGCUCAGGGUAUUCUUUUGGUGUAUGAUAUUACCAACUGCCAGAGCUUUGAAAAUUUAGAGGACUGGUAUAAUGUGGUUAAAAAAGUGACUGAAGAAUCAGAAAUGCAGCCACUUGUGGCCUUGGUUGGAAAUAAAAUUGACUUGGAGCAUAUGCGCACAGUGAAAGUUGAUAAACAUCAGCGAUUUUGUCAGGAAAACAAUUUCAGUAGCCAUUUUGUGUCAGCCAAGACAGGAGAUUCUGUCUUCCUGUGUUUUCAAAGAAUUGCUGCUGACAUUCUUGGCAUCAAAUUAAACAAAGCAGAAAUGGAACAAUCACAGUAUAAAAACCGCAUGGGGUGCAGCUUUGUUCCUUGGCAUUGGCAAGAGCAUGUUGUCAGGGCAGAAAUAGUGAACUAUCCUGAAGAAGAUAACCAACAUCACAACACUUCCAGCUGCCAGAGCAAAGUCUGCUCAAUGCAGUAGUUCAGAGAGUGGUGAAAGCAGAUAUUGUCAACUACAGUCAGGAGCCUGUGACAAGAAGCGUUAAUCCUCCUAGAAGCUCAAUGUGUGCAGUUCAAUGACUGUAUUAUUCUUCUCUGUUUUGAUACUUUUGGCUGUCCUACUUUGACACAGACUCUAGGAUUGCCAGGAACUUUUAACAGUCACCAUCGCUACAGUGCAAUUACAAGUUUCAAAAACGUGUUGCACCGUUGAGAAGCAGCAAGCAGUUAUUUUUGACUGGCUGAAAAUGAAAUGUUAAGACCACACACUUUGAAAAAUAAAAAUCUACAUUCUUCUAAAUUAUAUUUCAGUAAAUCAGUAGAACUUUGUUUGUUUUUUCCUAUCUAUUUGACUGAUGCUGGAAUGAAAAUGAAUGAAGAAGUAUGAUUAUGGAAGUUUUGCCAAAGCAUUUCUUUUUCCUUUUUUUUUUUUUUUUUUUUUUUUUUUUUUCCCCUCCUGUGAUCUAAACUAGCAUUCAGCAACUUGUAACUUGGGGAAACUAUUGCUGGAAUACUUUUAGACAACUAAUAUAUUUUACUUAGGGAUAACUUGAAAAGUAUUCCAUAAAUGUAUAUACUUAAUGCAAAGUGUAUAAAUUGUAUCCAGGAAGAAUCAGUGGUUGAAAUAAAGCUGUAAUAUAAAAGUAAUUACUUUUCUGAAGUCUCAAGUUGAAGUUGCCUUCAUGGAUGCUCUGAAAAAAAAGCUCACGUUUUGUGUAUUUUUAUUCCCACAUCAGUAUCACUUUUUGUAGUAGUAGAUAUGCUCAUAACUCUACAUGAAUAUGGAUGAACCUCACUUGGCUGUUUGGGCUGUAAAUGUUGAGUGAUAUAUUCAACGUGCGUUAGAAACUGUUGAUAGAUCAAUUAGGAUCAGUCAUUUUUAUUAACUGAGUGACUUAUUUUUGGACUGAUACUAUCUUAUUUCUAUUUAAGAGUUUAAAAAAAAAACAACCAAAAACAAAUAAAAAGCAGUGUUCUCUGUGAUCA